GAAAAAAGAAAUCAGUCUGCCAAAACCACUCAAAUUAAAUUUCUGUUUUUCCAAAUUCUACAUCAAGCAAUGGUUUCUGCUUCUGCUUCGAAUGUUUCCGCCAUUUUACUGCUUUUCCUUUCCAUAAUCAGCACUUCUAGGGUUGCAUUUUGUGGCAAGUUUUAUCAAGAUUUUUACAUAACAUGGGGAGGGGAUGAUCAUUCUAAAAUGCUCAACAAUGGAGAGCUCCUAACUGUCUCUCUUGACAAUGUUAGUGGCUCAGCUUUUGAGUCAUAUAAUCAAUAUCUAUAUGCAAAGAUAGAUAUGCAAAUUAAGCUUGUUGCUGGAAACUCUGCUGGCACUGUCACUACCUUCUAUUUAUCCUCAACAGGUUCAUAUCAUGAUGAGAUAGACUUUGAAUUCUUGGGGAACCUUAGUGGUGACCCUUACAUACUUCAUACUAAUGUGUUCUGCCAAGGCAAGGGCAACAGAGAGCAGCAAUUCUACCUUUGGUUUGACCCCACUGCAGAUUUUCACACGUACUCUAUACUUUGGAAUCCCCAAAACAUCAUCUUCUUGGUUGAUGGCCUCCCCAUUAGGCAGUUCAAGAACCUUGAGUCUUAUGGUAUUCCAUUCCCCAACUACCAGCCUAUGAGGUUAUACUCCAGUCUCUGGAAUGCUGAUAACUGGGCCACAAGAGGUGGACUGGUGAAGAUAGAUUGGACCCAAUCACCCUUCACUGCAUCCUACAUGAAUUUCAAUGCUGAUGGUUGCAUUUGGUCUUAUGGAACUUCUUCUUGUGAUUCAAAUUCUCCAAAUUCCAAUGCCAACAAAGGAGCAUGGUACUGGGAGAAGCUUGAUUAUUCAGAUCAAGGGAAGAUGGCAUGGGUGCAAAAUAAUUAUAUGAUCUACAAUUACUGCACAGACACAAAGAGAUUCCCUCAAGGCUUUGCUCCAGAAUGCUAUCUCACCAAUUUGCCCUAGCCAGAGGGCUCACACCCCUAUAUUACUGUUUUAUUAUUCAUUUGGUUUCCAUGCAAUUUUUCCAAAUUCUUGCUUUUCUUUUCUCCUUAUAUUUCUGGUACCGUGGUGCUGGUCCAAAUAAAACAUAGAUGAUUGCUCUUAAAAUGUUAAACGAAGUGUGUUUAGGUUUCUUUUUUCUUCAAUUUCCAUGCAUCAUGCAGGACUUGAAAAUGUGUUCCCUUUAACCUUUUCAUCAGCAAUGAAUGAUAUAGACAUAUUACCAGA